GAAGAAGAUGGUUCAUUCUGACUUGGAUAUCAAAGAACCUAAUUCACCUGAAUCCAGUCUAAAUGGAAGUGAUGAUGUGGUGAGGGAACAUGAAACUCUGUUGAGAGGAGGAGUAUUUACUUUGUGCAGCUGUUGGUGAAGCUGAAACUCCAGUACUUUGGCCACCUCAUGUGAAGAGUUGACUCAUUGGAAAAGACUCUGAUGCUGGGAGCGAUGGGGGGCAGGAGGAGAAGAGGACGACAGAGGAUGAGAUGUCUGGAUGGCAUCACUGACUCGAUGGACGAGUCCAAGAGCAACCUGUACAGCCAAUAUGAGGAAAAGGUACGGCCCUGCAUUGACCUCAUCGACUCCCUGCGGGCCCUGGGCGUGGAGCAGGACCUGGCCCUGCCCGCCAUCGCCGUUAUCGGGGACCAGAGCUCGGGCAAGAGCUCCGUGCUGGAGGCCCUGUCUGGGGUCGCCCUCCCCAGGGGCAGUGGUAUUGUUACAAGAUGUCCUCUUGUGCUGAGGCUGAAAAAACUUGGGAAUGAAGACCAGUGGAAAGGCAAAGUCAGCUUCCUGGACAAAGAGAUUGAGAUUUCAGAUGCUUCACAGGUGGAAAAGGAAAUCAGUGAAGCCCAGAUUGCCAUCGCUGGGGAAGGCACGGGGAUCAGUCAUGAGCUGAUUAGUCUGGAGGUCAGCUCCCCUCACGUCCCAGAUCUGACCCUGAUAGACCUUCCUGGCAUCACCAGGGUUGCUGUGGGCAACCAGCCACCCGACAUUGAAUAUCAGAUCAAGUCUCUCAUCAGAAAGUAUAUCCUUAGGCAGGAGACCAUCAACUUGGUGGUGGUCCCUGCUAACGUGGACAUCGCUACCACAGAGGCGCUGCGCAUGGCUCAGGAGGUGGACCCCCAAGGAGAUAGGACCAUAGGAAUCUUGACAAAGCCCGAUCUGGUGGACAAAGGCACGGAAGACAAGGUCGUGGACGUGGUAAGAAACCUGGUUUUCCACCUGAAGAAGGGCUACAUGAUCGUCAAGUGCCGCGGCCAGCAGGACAUCAAGCAUCGGAUGAGCCUGGACAAGGCCCUGCAGAGAGAGCGGAUAUUCUUCGAGGAUCACGCACAUUUCAGGGACCUUCUGGAGGAAGGGAAGGCCACUAUCCCCUGCCUGGCAGAAAGACUGACCAGUGAACUCAUCAUGCACAUUUGUAAAACUCUGCCCCUGUUGGAAAAUCAAAUAAAGGAGACUCACCAGAGAAUAACAGAGGAGUUACAGAAGUAUGGCAAGGACAUCCCAGAAGAAGAAAGUGAGAAAAUGUUCUCUCUGAUCGAGAAAAUUGAUACAUUUAAUAAAGAGAUCAUCUCAACAAUAGAAGGGGAGGAAUUCGUGGAGCAGUAUGACUCCCGACUGUUUACCAAAGUACGAACUGAGUUCUGCAAAUGGAGUGCUGUGGUUGAGAAAAAUUUCGAAGAAGGUUUUGAAGCCAUACGUAAAGAAAUCAAGCAAUUUGAAAAACGGUAUCGUGGCAGAGAGUUGCCAGGGUUUGUGAAUUACAAGACAUUUGAGACCAUCAUAAAAAAGCAGGUCAGAGUUCUGGAAGAGCCUGCUGUGGACAUGCUGCGCACAGUGACAGAUAUAAUCCGGAAUACCUUCACAAAUGUUUCAGGAAGACACUUUAAUGAAUUUUUCAACCUCCACCGAACUGCCAAGUGCAAAAUUGAAGACAUUCGAUCAGAACAAGAAAAUGAAGCUGAGAAGUCCAUCCGACUACAUUUCCAAAUGGAGCAGUUGGUCUACUGCCAGGACCAGGUGUACCGGCGUGCAUUGCAACAGGUCAGAGAGAAGGAGGCAGAAGAAGAAAAGAACAAAAAAUCAAACCAUUACUUCCAAUCCCAGGUCUCAGAGCCCUCCACAGAUGAGAUCUUUCAACACCUGACCGCGUACCACCAGGAGGUCAGCACCCGCAUCUCCGGCCACAUCCCCUUGAUCAUCCAGUUCUUCGUGCUCCGGACGUAUGGCGAGCAGCUCAAGAAGAGCAUGCUGCAGCUGCUCCAGGACAAGGACCAGUACGACUGGCUGCUGAAGGAGCGCACCGACACCAGAGACAAGAGGAAGUUCCUGAAGGAGCGGCUGGAGCGGCUGUCCCGCGCUCGGCAGCGGCUCGCCAAGUUCCCGGGCUGAACCCGCCCUCCGUGCAGCCCAGGGUCUCCAGGGAGCGGACCGCCGACAGCUCCCCUGACGGCCGCACGCCCUCAGCUGCCCGUUUCACAGAUGCGUCAGUGGUCAGCCUGCGGCCAUAGUCUCUGCUGUCUCUUAGUGGAUAAGCACACUGGCUUCAAGCAUCAGGUGAUUUCCUUCGAUGCUUCAUGCCCACCCUGCCCCAUCCCUGAACUCUCUCCUCGCCUCUGUCAGUUAAUGAUCCCCACACAGUACUGUAGAAGGGUCAUUCCAAUUGCUGUAAUAGCCUUUCACACCCCAUGUUUUAGGAACAUGAGUGCCACACUUGUGAAUGCAUACAGAAGCCUAUUUCUUCAAUUUGUAAUACACUUCUUUCUACCAGA